GUGCGUGCGGAUCUUGCCACAGAGUCCAUACUCCACGACGGUAAAUCUGACCAAUCCACUGGACACCGGCCCUACGGCAACAAGGACUUUCGCCUUCGACCGAGCCUACUGGUCUGCUAAAGAAGCAGAUGCCCACUAUGUGUCCCAGGAGCACCUGAUGGAUGAUCUCGGCCAUGAGUUGCGAAGCAACGUGCUUGAUGGCUACAACAGCUGCCUCUUUGCCUACGGCCAAACCGGCAGUGGGAAAACCUACAGCGUGCUGGGCAGUGAGACUCCUCCUGAGAGCCGCGGGCUCCUUCCCCGCAUCGUCGAGGACAUCUUCAAGACCAUUGAAAGAGCUCCUGACGAGUACGCGACAACCAUCUCGUACUUAGAGAUCUACAAUGAGCAGAUCCGAGAUCUUCUUAGAACUGGACAAGAGCAGCAGCUACGGUUGGAG